AUGCGGGGCACGAGGGCCACCUUCGUGGAGCACGAGCAGCGGGCACCUAGCCACAACGGCCCAAAGGAGCCCUGGCGAGGGGCCGUGCUCAGUGCUGCAGAGGAAGGCUGGUCACGCCUCCCAGAAGAUGCCCGAGCCCUGUUCUCCCUCAACCUGGAGCCAUCUCGGGGCUUCCGAGAGUGGCCAAAUGCCCGCGGCCUGAUCGACCUUGGGGGCAAGAAUCCUUCCCGCGCCUUCGGGCCACCAGCGGGUGCUCCACGGCACUGGGACCCCGGCAACAUCUCUGCAUCCCACUUCUUACGGCUGCUGCCACUGGUUCCGCAGGGAAGACAGCAGCACAGAGCUGUGCUGGCACGGAGGAGCGCUGGGAGGAGGCAGGAUCUGGCCGAGCAGCACCGAGCCGGCACCGGCGCCUCGCUUCCCAUCCCCGCUGUCGCCGACUGGCCCGCGUCCUCGGUCCGCGGCGAGGGUCCUCCUCUCCCGGGCAGGAUGGGCCAGGCCAACUGCUGCUGCGGCUCCAGGGAGGCUCUCGCCGACGCCGAGCCGGUGCUGAGCGCGGACGUGCGGCUGACCCGGGGCCGCAAGAGGAGCGAGAGACGCCUUCUCCUCCUCCAGGAGGAAGUGGUGGUCGCCAAGUUGCAACGUGGCACCACCCUGCGCCCACAGCUCCGCCUGGCCCUGGACCAGCUGUGGGUGCUGAGCGGCGGAAAGGAGGCAGCGGGGGAGGAAGAAGAGGAGGAGGAAGGCAGCGAUGAGGACAGGACCUCCAUCAUCCUCAUCUGGCCCACCAGCUCCUGCGUUGCCGCUUUCGGCUCCCAGGCACUGAAGGAGCAGUGGGUGGGCACACUGCUGGGGACACCAGAAGGAGCAAAGAGAGCCCGAGUGACCCGUCUUCCGUCCAUCAAAACCCUGGAGAAGGAGCUGAGCUGCCACCACGGCCUGAGUGCCUCUCUGGUUUGA